GGAACUCUUCACCACACACAGGCUUAUCUACAGUACACACCACGCUUGUCUCCAUGGCCAUCAGAAGCGGAGCCACCGUUUGCACUGCCUGGGCAACCACCCAACCAUGCCGGCGGCGACUAGCCGAGGACGGGAGCAGCAGGUUACUCCAACUACCAUGCUUGCCUACCACCUUUCCGCCCGUACAAAUGCAGCGCACGUGCACACCGUACUACAAGACCGGGGCUCUGCAUGCAGCAGCAGCCACCGAAGUUGAAGCCGGCGACGAGGUGCUGCUGGAGUCCCCGGGGCACUUCCGCAUCUACAAGAGCGGCAAGAUGGACCGUCUCAACGACCCAACCGUCACGCCUGCCGGCUUGGACGAGGCCACCGGCGUCACCUCCAGGGACGUCGUCCUCGACGCCGAAACCGGCGUCUCCGUGCGCCUCUACCUCCCCAGCCUCCCAGACAAUCACUCCUCCACCACCAAGCUCCCGGUCCUCGUCUACUUCCACGGCGGUGCCUUCCUCAUCGGCUCGGCCGACGACGCCGCGUACCACAGCUACGUCAACGCCCUCGCCGCCGCGGCCGGCGUGCUCGUCGUGUCCGCCGACUACCGCCUCGCCCCGGAGCACCCGCUCCCCGCGGCCUACGACGACUGCUGGGCCGCGCUCCGCUGGGCGGUGGCGCCGUCCACGCAGGACGAGUGGAUCUCCGAGCACGGCGACACGGCCCGCCUCUUCGUGGCCGGCGACAGCGCCGGCGCCAACAUCGUGCACGAGAUGCUCGCCAGGGCGGCCGCCUCCGGCGACGGGCCGAGGAUGAAGGGCGCCAUACUGCUGCACCCGUGGUUCAGCGGCAGCGAGGCCAUCGAGGGGGAGCUGGCCGCGGUGCCCUUGUUCAACGGCAUGAUCUGGUCCUACACGUGCCCCGGCGCGGUGGGCGGCGCCGACGACCCCAGGAUGAACCCGCUGGCCCCCGGCGCGCCGUCGCUGGAGACGCUCCCGUGCGAGAGGAUGCUCGUGUGCGCGGCGGAGAAGGACGUCCUGGCCACGAGGAUCCGCGCGUACCACCAGACCAUGGCCGCCGGCGCCUGCCAGACGGCCUGGUUCGAGUCGGAAGGUGAGGACCACGACUUCUUCCUCGGGAAGCCCGACUGCGAGAGCGCCAAGCAGCUCCUGGAUCGCAUCGUGGCGUUCAUAGCCGAGGGUUGAGUGAGAUGCGUGUAGGUGCAGUUUAAGCGACCAUGCAUGGUAAGUUUGUUUCCUUCACCAAUCAAUGUGUGAUACUGUGAUUCUUGAGUU